AUGCAAUUUGUUAAGCGUGUUUAUGAGCCUAAAGAUAAUGGCAUUCACGUAUCGAAUUUACCAGCUGUAGUGUCAGCUGACUUCCUUCGAUCAUUAUUCCAAGAAGCAGGAAAUGUUAUUAAUGUCGUAUUAAAACACAAACCAACUCGAUGUUUUGCAUUUGUCGAUUUUUCACUCCCGUCGGAAGCUCAACUUGCUGUGCAAGAUUUUAAUUACACAAAACUCAACGGCGAUAGUAUCAUUGUUACAAGAACAACAGCUGAAGUUCUUAAUGCGAUCAAAUCAGGUGAAGCCAAUCUGUAUGUGAAAGGAUUAGAUACUACAGUCGAUAGUAUUCAACUUCAUGAACUAUUUUCAAAUUAUGGCGAAGUUAUUUCUGUAAGAGUACCAAUUCUUAAUGGAGUUCCAAGAGGGUUUGCUUAUGUUCAAUAUUUAAAGGUCGAAGAUGCACAGCGUGCUCAAAAAGAAUUAACAGAUUCAACAAUUAAUGGAAAAGAAGUAACUAUCCUCAAAUACCUCAAAAGAGAAGAUAGACCGAUGAGUGAAGCCAUGCAGCGUAACCUUGAUCCUACUUUUAAGAAUAUAUUCAUUAAAAAUCUGCCGGAAGAAAUUAAUACACUCCUUAAACUCCUCGCGUUAUUCAAAGAAUACGGAACAGUAACUUCCGCUCGUAUCGUACCUGAGAAAAGAAUCGGCUAUGUCCUUAUGGAUGAGCACGAUUCGGCUGUUCGUGCUGUUGUUGGGUUAAAUGGACGUACAAUCUAUGCAUCGCGUGUAUCAUGCUGCAGAUCUCUUUCUUACCAGGAGAGACAGAAGUUUAUGAAGAAAGCAUCAAAGUUAGAACCGGAUGAAAAGAAAGCUGACGAUAACCAACAGUCUUCUUCAUCAAGUACUGAUUCUCCUAGUACAAAUGAUGCUUCUAUAUUAACCCCGCCAGCUCCUCCAUCUCCACAAGCCCCUCAAAUGUUCAAGAAUGAGGAAGGAGCAAAAUAA